AUGAGCGAGACCGUCGUCAACAACAGGGAAGUAGCCCCCUUCCGACGUGUCGUUACUUCACACGCGGGCACCGACAAGGACGGCAGUCAUGUCAUUCUUCACGACGAUAAUGUCAUCCUACGACCGGUUUUGGGUGGAAAUGCACAUGUAUCACCGCUCUAUUCAUCGUCAGACAUCCCGAGCACCAAUCCUCACGUAAUCAGCGCAGAACAUAUCACUCAAGCAGUGGCCAAUGUUCCAGGAGUCGUUCUUCCAGGAGGCACAAAUGGUCAAAUCACAGACCUUGCCCCAAACUUUCGUGUCAAUAUGCAUCGAACAUCUUCCAUCGACUACAAUGUUUUCUUACAAGGCAGUGCUUGGUUGAUUGUCCCGGAUGGAAAUGAAGGAGAAACAAGAACAGAGAUGAAAGCCGGGCAGAUCGCUGUACAGACUGGUACCAUACAUGCAUGGGAAGCUGGACCAGAAGGCGCUCGCUGGGUUACUGUAGUCAUAGCAGCUCUACCUGUAGAGAAGGACGGGAAGAAGUUUGAAGACGUUGAUUUUUGA